GGUGAGUCUUUCUUGUUGACGUUGAAACGCGUGAGCUCGAGCGAGCGGGAAAAUUAAGCCCUGUUGUGGCGCGUGGCUUUAACGGUCGUAACGGCUGUUAACGGAAUCUGUGGUUGUCAUGGCAAAAAGUGGAUUAAUCGUUGAAAUGCGACUGUCUUCUUCUCCUCAGGUCGACGGGAUGCGACAACAACAGAAAAUAAACUUCGAGCAAGGUUAUGAGGCCCCUCAUCUUAUGCCGUCCCCAGCUAGAGGUUGCCACGGCAACGACCCAGCAUCCCGCUCGGGGUCAUCGUAGAGGCUUUCGGACAAAUGACAGCACAGUCAGAGCUCCUUUUAGUCUAGUCGGAUUCAGCGAGGAGCCAGAGGAACCCAAGUCAGACUUCAUCUGCUGAUCAGAGUAAGACUUUCUCUCAUCAUCAAUCAAAAAUGGACUUAUUGUACCAACUCAGUUUGGCCGUGAUGCUGUGGCGACUGGCGUCUCUGGCGACGGCGGGCCAGACCAACGAGCGACGCGUCGUGGCCCACAUCCCCGGCGACAUCAUCAUCGGAGCCCUCUUCUCCGUACACCACCAGCCACCGGCCGACAAGGUGCACGAGCGUAAAUGCGGAGCCGUCCGGGAGCAAUACGGCAUUCAGCGAGUCGAAGCGAUGAUGCACACGCUGGACCGAAUCAACGCAGACCCAAAAAUCCUCCCCAACGUCACGCUAGGCUGCGAGAUCCGAGACUCCUGCUGGCAUUCGGCCGUCGCUCUGGAGCAAAGCAUCGAGUUCAUACGGGACUCGCUCGUCGCCGCAGACGACGCCGAUGAGGCUGGGGGCGGGACCAGGUGCGCUGACACGGGAGCCACGCCCAUGAAAGGGAAGAAGCCCAUUGUGGGGUUAAUCGGUCCGGGUUCGAGUUCUGUGGCCAUUCAAGUGCAGAAUUUGCUGCAGCUGUUUAACAUUCCACAGAUCGCGUACUCCGCCACCAGCAUGGACCUCAGUGAUAAAUCACUUUAUAAAUACUUCAUGAGGGUCGUGCCUUCAGACGCCCAGCAGGCUAGAGCGAUGGUGGACAUAGUGAAGAGAUACAACUGGACUUACGUUUCUGCCAUCCAUACUGAGGGUAACUAUGGUGAGAGUGGGAUGGAGGCGUUUAAGGAGAUGUCAGCAAAAGAAGGGAUUUGUAUUGCUCACUCAGACAAAAUCUGGAGUAACGCCGGCGAGCAAAACUUUGACCGUCUGCUGGUGAAACUGCGCAAAUAUUUGCCCAAAGCUCGUGUGGUGGCCUGUUUCUGUGAGGGGAUGACCGUACGUAACAUCCUCAUGGCCAUGAGACGGCAAAGCCUUGUUGGGGAGUUUCUAUUGGUUGGCAGUGACGGGUGGGCGGACCGUUAUGAUGUCACUGACGGGUACGUGCGAGAGGCCGCCGGCGGGAUAACCAUAAAGCUGCAGUCGGCGGAUGUGAAGUGGUUCGACGAUUAUUACCUGAAGCUACGACCCGACAACAACCCACGAAAUCCGUGGUUCCCCGAGUUCUGGCAGCAUCGCUUUCAAUGCAAACUGAAAGGACAUCCGCAGGAGAACCUCAAAUACAACCGAACCUGCAGCAAGCGAGAUUCUCUACGGCAGCAGUACGCUCAGGACACCAAGAUGGGUUUCGUGAUAAAUGCGAUAUACAGUAUGGCUCAUGGGCUUCAUAAUAUGCAGAAAUCUUUGUGUCCUGGUACUGUGGGGUUGUGUGAUGCCAUGAGACCCAUCGAUGGUGCCAAACUACUCGAUUUCCUCAUGAAGACCAACUUUACCGGAGUGACCGGGGAAAACAUUUAUUUCGACGAGAACGGAGAUUCACCUGGAAGCUAUGUGAUCAAGAAUUUUAAGAAGAUGGGGAAAGAUUAUUAUGACUACAACAACGUAGGCAGCUGGGACAGCAGUGGACUGCAGAUCGAUGAUGAUGAGAUCUGGCCCAACAAAGAUGACAUCAUUAAAUCUGUGUGUAGUGAACCCUGUGAUAAAGGUCAAAUCAAGGUGAUUCGUAAAGGUGAGGUGAGCUGCUGUUGGACUUGUACUCCCUGUAAAGACAACGAGUUUGUUUUUGACGAGUACACCUGUCGAGCGUGUGAGCUGGGAUCUUGGCCCACCGAUGACCUCACAGGGUGUGACCCCAUCCCAGUGAAGUAUUUGAGGUGGGGAGACCCCGAGCCCAUCGCCGCCGUGGUCUUCGCCUGUUUGGGCCUGAUGGCCACGUUUUUCGUCACCUCCAUCUUCAUCAUCUACCGCGACACCCCGGUGGUGAAAUCAUCCAGUCGCGAGCUCUGCUACAUCAUCCUGGCGGGAAUCUGUUUGGGAUAUCUCUGCACAUUCUGUCUUAUCACCAAACCUCAGGUCAUUUACUGCUACCUGCAGCGUCUCGGCAUCGGCCUGUCUCCCGCCAUGAGCUACUCCGCCCUCGUCACCAAGACCAAUCGCAUCGCUCGAAUUCUGGCUGGAAGCAAGAAGAAAAUAUGCACCAAGAAACCUCGUUUCAUGAGCGCCUGCGCCCAGCUGGUCAUCGCCUUCCUCCUGAUCCUCCUGCAGCUGGGCAUCAUCGUGGCGCUCUUCGUAAUGGAGCCUCCCGACGUCAUCCACGACUACCCAUCCAUCCGAGAGGUCAACCUGAUCUGUAACACCACUAAUCUGGGUGUGGUGGCGCCGCUGGGCUACAACGGUCUGCUUAUCAUGAGCUGCACCUUCUACGCUUUCAAGACGCGCAAUGUUCCGGCGAAUUUCAAUGAGGCGAAGUACAUCGCCUUUACCAUGUACACCACUUGCAUCAUCUGGCUGGCGUUCGUGCCCAUUUACUUCGGUUCGAACUACAAGACCAUCACGAUGUGUUUCUCUGUCAGUCUGAGCGCCACCGUCGCUCUGGGCUGCAUGUUUGUGCCGAAGGUUUACAUCAUCCUCGCUAAGCCAGAGAGAAACGUACGAAGCGCCUUCACGACGUCGACGGUGGUGCGCAUGCAUGUCGGGGAUGGAAAAUCGUCAUCCGCAGCCAGCCGUUCCAGCAGCCUGGUCAACCUCUGGAAAAGACGAGGCUCAUCCGGAGAGACGCUCAGCUCUAAUGGAAAGUCAGUGACUUGGGCUCAGAAUGAGCGCAGUUCCAAAGGAAGCCACCUGUGGCAGCGUCUCUCCUUCCACAUCAAGAAACGCGAGAGCAACCAGACCGCCGUCAUCAAACCAUUCUCCAAGACCUCAGAAGGGCGAUAUUGCGGUGGGAUGGACAUUAACACCGAAAACAGUAACAACAAAAUGCUCUAUGAGGUCAGAGAGACGGAGGAGCGCUAUCCAAUUGGGUACCCUCCUCAGACGCCAUCGCCCAUCAGCACUGUGACCCAGAGAGCCAGCAUGACUUUAGCGCAGAACGCAGCGGGCGACGCGCAGGUCAUGAGCGUCUCCACGUACAUGUGCCAACCUUCGCACCGCGGUAACGUAACCCGCGGAAGUGCAUCGCAGGGUUCGCUGAUGGAGCAGAUCAGCUGCGUGGUUAACCGUUUCACCGCCAACAUCAGUGAGCUCAAUAGCAUGAUGCUCACAAAUUCUCCACCGGGGAGCACCGCGGGUCUACCCACCAGCGCUUCCGCGCACGCUCACUCCUCCGCGCUGGAUCCCUGUUGUCCUCCGGCGUACCGACUCUCACGAGAAAUUUCCAUGCCGACUACCAUGACCACAUACGCAGAGGUUCAGCCCCUCCCACCGGUGGAGUCUAACGUAAGUCGUCCUGUCCCGCCCUGCCCCUCAUUGCGGAUCAAAUCUUCGCCUACGUCCAGCGGGAAGGAGCUCACGGUGGCCGCGGCAUCGGGGCGGCCCGAGUCUCCAUCUAUUCAGCCGGAGCUUGACGAACUGCUGCCGCUGACCCCGCCCUCCCCCUUCAGGGACUCAACCGGGUCUGGCAGCGGUUCGGAUGUCGAAACUGUCCCUACACCUAAAUACGAGUGCCUAGUGCUCCGACACUACAGCCAGAGUUCCUCUUCAUUAUAGGACCGACAAGAGAACUAUAUAAGAACAAGUCUGCCGUAAUAAACGUAGACGGAGACAAACGGGAGUCAGCGCUUCGAUGUGUGUGUGUUUACAUGUUCUCACUUUUGGACCGAAGGCGAAACCUUACGGAGAAAAAUCUCCAACAUCAGACCUGCAGUAGAAUCACAAAGGUGUGUAAUCGUUCGUAGUUUGGAGUCCUGUUGGUCUGUAUUGUAGUGGCCUUAAACAAACAUGGCUUUCAUCUAAUUAGUGCUGUUUCGACGAGGACGUGUUGGUGUGUCCCCGAAGGUGGACGAGCUCGUGUGAAAAUCCACCUGUGUCGCAGGGACGUUCCCAGUGUACAAGCAAACAGUAAAUUAUAAAGGGCUGGAUAAAGACUAGAAAAGGGAAAAGCUUGUAUAAUUACAUGUUGAAUAAUCGCACACGCACACUGUUGGAAUAAUGAAAGAGUCUGAGGUGAUGUCCCUGGAGAUUUCUGUAUCUUUAAUCAAAGUGCUCUGUUUGAUGUGUCAGUACAAACAGACGCAGGUUUGAGAGAUUCUGACAGCGCCGUUGUUUUCAGUCUUAACCUUCUUCACGUCUGUCUGUCUUUACUGGGGAUCAAACUGAUGGAUGAAUCUCACAGAAACAGGUCAUGAUGUCUCCUUUUUACCCCAACAUCAAAAUAUUUUUUUGCACUGCAAAAUGACAACCAUUAUUAAAUGAAUGCAAAAAUACUCCUGUAUAGCUCAGUGGUACAGCAUUGCAUUAGCAGUGCAAAAGUAAUUGGUUCGAACCCAAAGAAAACACAUGCUCAUAAAAAAUGUAUAGCUUGUAAUGCACUGCAAGUCGAUUGGAUAAAACCAUCUGCCAAUGCAAAAAAUGUAAAAUUUAGGGGCGGUUCUAGGAUUCCGUUCUUAGUGUGUGUUCACACCGGCGAGAGCGUCAAAAAAGCUCUGGCUGCCCUGUUAACGAUGCUAAAAUAAAAGUGUAGUGGACGCUUUGAUUGGUUGCCGACAAAUGUUUCCGCCUUCCGAUUGGUAGCCGCCAAAUGUUUCCAACUUCUGAUUGGUUGCCGUCAAACCGCCUCAUAGCUCAUUACCAAAAAGUUGAGCUGAUUUCAACUCAUCUCGACACUCACACCGUACUUGACGCCCCGCGCCGAGUGCUCUCACGGAAAAUUAAUGACUUCCGGCCACUUUGACGCUCUCACUGGUGUGAACGCACAGUUAGGGGGGUUUAGCCCUCAGUGAUGAUGUGAAGAGAGCAUUGUGAUGCCAUUUUAUAAAUUGGGACCAGUAUUAUUGUUAAAAAGUCAUAUAGGCUACAUAUAUUACUGCUCCAUACAGUUCCAAGCCCUUAUGAUUUUUUAUUUAUCUUAAUAACGUAAGUAAUGGUAAGCAAAACUCUAACUGUGCGUUCACACCACACGCGAAUGAAACAAAUAAAUCGCGCCAUUCGCGCAUAGUUGGACACUUGAACAAUUUGAGUUAACUCGCUUCAUUCAAGUGUGAAAUUUGCGCCAUUUGCGUGUGAAAUUAAGACAACUUUAGCUAGCUUGUAGUCUCAAUAUAUAUUACCUCAAAUUGAGUAAAGAGCAUUUUUUACAACUUACCAGAUUGUAACUCACUUUCUUCCAAACAAGAUCCUUUUUUAUGUUUCUAUAAAAGUACGAAGAUGUGUCGUACAGCUCCGGGUGUCCACAUACAGCGGCAAUGAUUUUGUCCUCCAUUGUUAUUUCGUAUUUCUGCCUCCGCUCGCUAAGUCGUAAUCACGUCACUACUAGAGCAAGCUCCUGAUUGGUUUACGCGGUGUGAAUAUCCGGCAAAGUUGACAUUUUUUAGCUUGCGCGAUUCACGUCUCAUAAACUUGGUAUUUUUUAUCAUCGAAAUGUCCUGCAUUUUGCGUUAUUUUCAUUAUUAUUUUCAAAUAAAUAAUUUUUACAAAUAAAUGAAACUGAAAAAUAUAUUUGAUAGUUUAAGAAAAUUAUUUUAUUUUAGAAUUUGGCUAAAAAUUAAUUAUGGUGGCUAAGAUGACAGACAGCAGGUUUUCCCGCAGCACUUUUCAGUUCGGGCGGCCCACCUAAGCUGGGAAACUCUACCGCCUUAACUAAAAUUUGCUGCAAAAAAGGCCGUCAGGUGCAUCUCGGAGAAUAGCGCAGACGCUCUUCACACCGCGAGCGGCCACGGGUGCCACGCGGACGAAAUGAGAUAAAGCCGUGGUCCGUCUUGUCUGGAGGAUAGCCAGUUGAUAAAACACGUGUCAGUGAGAACUGUAAGUGGACUAUAGUCUAUAGUUCUUGCAAAUUUAAAGAAAGUUAGUUGGUGAUUUUGUUGUUUGAGCAACCUGCUAGUUAGGUUUCACGUGCUUUUACAAUUUUUGCGCUAUCUAUCAUCGUUCACCAGACGUUCUACAACAUCUGCUUCAGGUUGUGUUUAUUAACCCUUUAGUUUCACUUCAUCACGUAUCUAUUUUCGUUAGAGGUAUCUGUUAAAAACCUUUCAUUCAUUAAUAAUCUAGUAUGUGUUCAUUUUCUGUCAUACUUUCUUUAAAAUUAAGUUUUAUUUGAGUGUUUUAAAUAAAAAUAUUUUCAUUUUCAUCAUAACGCGUACGCCCCGUCCCUUUGAUUGCCACGCCCCCUGGACCUGCCCCUCACCCAACCCUACCACCUUAACUAACAAAUUUUCUUCGGGAAACCCUGGACAGGGUAGCUGAAGCCCCCCUAAAAAGGGUCUAGGUACCGCCCCUGGUAAAACAUUCUUAUUCUUACAAAAAAUCAAUAACAUAUUAAAUUGUUUUACUAAACAAUUAAAAAAUUAAAUUCAUGAAAAUGCAAAAAAUAUAACGGUAGUGCCUGGUCUUAAAAAUACUUUCUUGAAAAUACAUUUGUUUUUGAUUUUGGGGUAAAUAUGACCUUAGUUUUCAUGUGAUUUACAGUUUUUGUGUUUUGAUUUGGAUCGUGGGACCAAACCCUGUAUCUAUCUCAUCUGAAUGUACUGUGGCAGUACCAUGGUACAAUGAUGGUAUCAGACGGUAAUGCCAAAGUAUAUCAAGGUACCUCAAAGAAUGCCAUGGUUAAAUAAUACUAACCAUGGUACUUUUUUGGUACAUUACACUAUACAGCAAACUAGUGAAUGAAAGACUAACUCACAAAAAACAUGAUAGUUACAUCUUAUCACCCAGUUUAAACUGUUUCACUGUGGUUCAGUAAUGAGCAACAAUAAUCCACAAGAUCUGUUUUUAACUACUAUCAAAUCCAAUCAUUUAGUGAAUAAUACUUCAGUCCAAUUAUUGAAGUCAACAUGAAAUAAAAAUGGACCCUGUUUACUUAAUACACAAUCCUGGUGUUAUUGCAAACAAUUCAUCAGCGCAUGUCAGUAUGAGAUAUAAUAAUAAACACAUCACACAAAUGUUUCAUGUUGACUUUAAAUGCUGUUUUCACUAGCAGAAGGGCUUUUGACAACAUUUCAGCCUAUCAUAUGUCAUCGGGAUCAUAGUUAAUAAUAUCAACUAGUCAUUUCUAUUGAUUGUGUAAAUAUCAAGGGCAUGCGUACAGCAACAAGUCUAGUAAAGUUUUAACAGUUACGGAUUGUUAAAGCGAAACAAUCUCAGCAUUUUACACAGAUAACAUGAGGACAGGUAACCCUAAAGAUGUCUUUUCUUACAUGCCCUCGUGUACAGACCGUGCUUACAUGAAUGUGAGGCUAGCAAUUAUAUUUAAAAAGAGAAAAACUAAAAAUUUAAUAUUUAUCGUAAUAGAGCUUUUAGUGCCAAAGGGGGAGGGACGAAAUGUGUGUUUUUCGUAACAAUGAUCGUUUUUAUGGUGAUGAAUAUUCUUUUAUAUAUAUAUAUAUAACAAAUAUAUUAUUACACAUAUACCAGACUCGAAGCAAUACAAACUAUACGCAUACACAAAGCACACAAGCAUCAGACCGUUCGCUUUUGUGUUACAUAAGAAAAUGUUUUUUUACUAUAUUAAAAAAAAUCUUGCUGUGAAAGAGACGUCUUUCUUCGCAGUGGAUUGUGUGAUGUUAAAAUAAUGAACACCCCAUACAUUUAAAUUCUGACAUAUAUACAUUAUAUUAAAGCCAGCUUGUGAUGGCCAACUUAUUUAAAUCGUAUUUUAUUAUUUCUCUGUAUAAUGUAGCAAUACUAUAAUGACAACUAUUUUGAAAAUAAAGUCGGAUACAAGGUCAUGCACCUAUUGUUAAGUGUUGUACAGUGUUUUAGUCGAGUCCAACCCGAGUCCAGAGAUCAGUCUUGAUGUCCAGACUCGACACUAGGGGCCCUAUUUUAACGAUCUAAGCGCAUUGUCUAAAGCGCACAGCGCAACGUCUAAAUGGGCGUGUCCGAAUCCACUUUUGCUAGUUUAAUGACGGGAAAAAUGGUUCGAAAAGGGUUUGGUACUAUUUUUUUUUAAGAGUAAUGGGAGUAACAUGCAAUAAACCAAUGAGCGUCUCAGCUCUCAUCCCCUUUAAAAGCCAGUUGCUCUGGCGCUAUGUCUAAUCCCUAUUUAGAUGACGGACUUUGUAAACUGUAAAAUUAAGUGGAGGAAGAAGAUCCCCAGUUUAAGAUUGAUGUUAAAAAAUUGGGUUGUUUUUCACUGAAAUUGGUAUUUUGUUUAUUAAAACCUUUAAAAAGUUUUCUUUCAGUCAUGAAAGUAAAAAAGCCGUCUUUUAAUUGCUUUAAAUGUAUGGCUAUCCAAUAUCAUCAAAAAAUAAUUUACAAGUAUGUAAGAAAAGGUUUGUACUGUAAAAAUACUUUAUUUGUAACAAACUGGAGAUAAAGAAUUAAAAAACGUCUCUCCGCGCGUUUUAGCACUUGGACAGCGUCAGUUUUUUUAAGCAUUACUUAAAAUGUUUCUCAUCUCAUCAUAUCCACAGGUACAGAGUCACCAUAUACAAUAAAUCCGUAGGGUAGCAUUUAAAAAAACAUUUAAAAACAGAUGCAUUUGUUUAAAGCAAAGCAUUUAUUUAUUUACCAGGCUACAGGUGAAGCAGCUCUUUGCGCUUCCUAACGUCUCAUAAUCGGUCCUCAUUUAUGUCCAAGAGACUCAAUAAUAAUCUUUUACAUUCAAUUCUUUAAUCUUUCAUAUUUAAAAGCGUUUUUGUGCUGCUGCGCAUUCAUGUAUGUGAUAAGCAAACCCGCGUUGUCGUCCCGUUUAUAUGCGCAUAUUUCUAAUGCGCUCUUUAAAUAACAAAAAACAUAUUGCGCCUACAGACAUAUUGUCUAUUUUAGUUGCCUCAAAAUAGCAACGCGCCAACAAUGCGCCUGAACACACCUCGUUUUCGGACCAGAACGCCCAUGGGCGCAAAAGGGGGCGCAAAUGCAUUUGCUAUUUAAACAACUUGGCGCUAAACAUGAAAAUGAUAAUUGCGCAGGGUGGAAACUAGCAAAAGACACUUGCGUCGCGCAUUGCGCUGCAUUGCGCCGGGUGUAAGAUAGAGCCCUAGAUCUCUGGUUUUGACUUAGACUCAAGUUGGACUCGACUACAACACUGGUUGCUAAUCUAUAAGCCUCGGUCUUACAAAUAGUUGGUCUUGGAUCUGUGAACAUUCAGAAGUAAAGUGUCUCAUCAUUUAUUUGUCACAAUGUGCUGUGACAUCGGCCACUUCCAGUAUAGACACAGUUUAAGAUGAACAGAAGGCUGAUAUAAAGUCACAUUGCGUUUACUAUGGGCUGAACGUUAAAAAUAGUCAUUUUGCUUGGGGGAUUCACUUUGUUCAGCCCAAUGAAU